AAUAAUUGGAAGAUUAUAUAAUUUUUACAAACCAAAAAAUCAUAAAUAUGAAGAAAUAUUUACAGGAAAUUCUAAUUAUGAUUAUAGUAAUAUAAUUGAUAAAGAUGAUGAAAAUAUUGGUAGAUUAAUUGAUGAAUGUGUUUUUUAA